AUGACGGCGAACAUCAAUCUACAUACCCUGUACAUUCAUCAGCAGCACAAUUAUCAUGACGACCAGCACUACCAUCCCGAAGCCCAUUCCUUGACCCCUCCGGCACACCCCGAGGCCCUGUCCAGCAGUCCAGACAACUCACCUCCUCGGCCAAAGCGAGUCCGCUCCCUGAACCCUCUCACUACAGCAACUGUUGCUGACGCACAGGUCAAGAGGCCCACCAGGAGGUUUGUACAGACCAGCAAAGCUCGCCGCGUACGGACCGGGUGCUUUACCUGCCGCGAUAGACAUGUCAAGUGCGACGAGGGGGCACCGGUGUGCAACAACUGCUUGAAGAGCAACCGCCAGUGCAAACGAGGAGUACGGCUCAACUUUGCAGAGACGAAUCAGCAGGUCAAAGGGCCACCUCGCACCGUUCCUCGAGGCAAAGACUGGCUGGUGACGUUCCAAGACGAUUCCCGAGAGAUAGCAUCCGGGUAUAAGGGCGGGCUAGAAUCCUACAGCGACGUUCCGGAUGAGGACCUGGGUGUCUCGCCCAUCGACGACUUUCCACCCAUCACCCGGCCUAGAAAAGCUUCGGCAGAUGUGCAGGGCAGCGGCGCACUUCCGUCUGGGAAUCCCUCUGCUUUCGAGGCCGCAAAAGGUCUGAGCAGUGUCCCGGAAGCAUCUCGUGCACCAUAUUACCCCAUAGCAAUCGAACCACCAACCCACCAAGAGCCGGUCCAUUUGAACGGAGGCCAUGGUCAAGUACAGGCACAGUUGCCCGUGAGGAACACCGAGCCUUUUGUGCCAAACCCCGCGCAGCCGCCGCAAUCACACCACCACCCAUUUGCGCUUGAAGACUUGCUACAGCAACACCGGCCAGUCUACCCGGUACAGCAAAGAAGAGACAGCGAUGUCUCCAGCGUGACAUCCUCUUUGGUCCCUGAAGGAUCCAAUGCUCGGAACCCAGAAAACGAUGGCGAUGGCCCGAUGACGCCCUGUAGCGAAAACGGCGACGAGAGCCCGACGAGCGAGCGCGAUUACCUGAGCACCGAACACGAGAUCAACUGCAUGCAGGUCUUCAUCAACGACGUGGCCGUCUGGAUGGACGUGUUUGACAAAGACAAACACUUCUCCACUGUUGUGCCAUCACUCGCCUUCAAGUCGACGAUGCUCCUGAAUGCCAUCCUCGCCUGCGGUGUCAAGCAGCACUCCCUCAUGUCUCCCCCGGCCUCCCGAGCCGCCGAGAGCGACAGGGCGAGGGUCUACCACGACACCUCAACCUCCCUCCUCCUCCGGUCGCUCCAAAACCCCGACCGCAACACGGACGAAUGCUGCAUCACCGCCGUCGUGCUUAACGUCUACGACAUCAUGAACGAGACAGAACCGUCCAAGCUCCCAGACGAGCGAUCCACCGCCCAGCAGCGCCAGCAACGCCUCGAACACAUCCGCGGCGCCCGCGCGCUGAUCCGAGAAAACAACUACAGCGCCGGCUCCGCCUCCAGCCUCGCCCGAGCCUGCUUCUGGCUCAACGUCGGACUCGAGGUCUUGUCGUGCCUCUCCUUCAACUGGACCACCUCCUGGGAGCCCGACGACUGGGGCAUGGACCUAGAAUUCACAACCUGGAUCGUAGGAAGCAGCUCCGGCAACGGAAGCGUGAUCGCCUCUUCGGAACCCGACCGCGGGGACGACCUCCCUUCCUUUUCCGGCCCGGCCGCCCAGGCCUCGUCGGGGGACGAGGAGCUCUGGGCCCAAAGAAUAAUCUACAUACUCGCCAAAGUGAUCAACUUCCGCGCCUCCUCCUCCCCAACCAUCCCCGUCCUUCACCCAAGCCAAUUCCACAACCCCGGUCAUCACCAUCGACAUCACGAGCCCACCCCCCACGACGAGCAGGUCAGGCUCCAGGGCCGCUUCGCCGAGUGGACCAGACUGAAAUCUUUGCUGGACGCGUGGAAUCACCGCUGUCCGAGGAGCAUGCGUCCCUCGGGGUACGUCACCGGCCCGUCGUCCCGCUCGGCGUUUCCGAACGUGUGGUUGAUGAGCAGGCCGGCGAUUAUAGGACGGCUGUUCUACCACGUCUGCAUGGUUUUGCUCGCGCAGACGAACCCGCUUCACAAGGGGGACACGGAGGAGAACAGGUCGCUCCAAAAGCACCACAGCCGGCAGGUUUGCGGGAUUGUGAGCACCAGUGCGGUGGGGGAUAAGGGGGUGGGGAGCGUGGCGAUUAGGGGGCUGGCCGUGGCGGGGGCCGUGUUGGAUAGUUCCCAGGAAAGGGACGAGGUGCUGGGGAUAUUGGGCAGGAUUGAAAAGUCGACGGGGUGGAGGUUGGGUGGGGUGGUGGCUGAGCUGAGGAAGGGGUGGGAGGUGAAGGAUGUGAUGCCGGCGACGUUUGGGGGGCAGAUGGUGACGCUGCCUGGGCUGCCGGCUGUGACGAUGGGGGUUGGGAUGGGGGUGGGGAGGAUAGGGGAUUCGUUUCUGAGGGGGCCGGGGGGCCCGCCCAUGGGGGGGUCGUCGUCCAAGAUGACGAACCCUUUGUCGAAGGGGGCGGAUUUUAGGGAUCGGGAGCACCCUUAUCAGAACUGGUAUGUGAGGCCUAAUGGAGGCGAGGUUGGGAGUUCGUCGGGUGAGGGGGCAGGGAGGGAGGAGAGGAGGGGGGUUCAUUCUUGGGGCGUUUGA